AUGUCAGUAACGGCUCCACCAGUCCUCGUGACCUUACCCCACUCCCACGAGCCUUACGCUGCCCCUAUUCCUCGAGCUUUUCAAAACGCACCCGGGAUGCUGACCUGCCACCCCUCUCAAUGCUUAGCGCCCAGUUCUCUACCCCGUAGAAAGCGACUGCCCACGUGCUGUGCCCCUCACGUCCUUUCCCCCAGCACUUCACCUCUCCACCCCGCCCCCUGGCUGAGACCACGCGCGCGUGGGAUAACGUCCCCGGCGGCCGCGCACGGCCCCUCUCCCCCUCCCCCUCCCCCGCCCGCGCGGCUCCCGAGCGCAGUCGAAUCCAGCGGCAGCGCCGCCGCCUCCGCCAAACCAGAGCCGGCAGCUCCGAGGAGGAGCCGCUUCUCCAGCCGCCGCAGCCGCCGCGGAGCCCGGCGCCCUCCCGCCCGCCAGCCUGCCCGCCUGCCCUCUUCCCCUCCUCACCCUCCCGUACCCCCAACUCCCAACCGGGUACGAGGUCACCCGGGGAGCUCAAGCUCUCCCUUCUCCCCGUAG